AUGGCGAGUGGAUCGAACAAUUUCAUGAGAAAUAAUGAAGGAGCGUCCAGCUUUUCUGAUUUGGCUGCUAACUCCUCUUUGACAGCUACUGCUACAGAAUUUGUACCAAAUUCAGCUAAUAAGAGCAAGUUCUUCAAGAAAUCCAAGAAUCCUAGAAGUUUUGCCCAGGGUUACAGGAGUCAUCCCAGAGAAAAUGUAGGAGAGCAAUCUUACAGUUCCUCAGGAUUUUCUGAACAGACUCUAGACAGACAUUCUACUAGUGGAAAGUAUCAAAACCGCUAUGGUAAUGUUUCCGGUUCCGAAGGGAAUGACUUUCCUGCAGGUAAUAUUCCGGUUAGAUCAAAUGAUGUUUCCAACGGUGGAUCCUCUUCUAAGACAUCGUCAAAAUCAUCCAGUGCAACAAAAUAUUUCAAUGGCUAUAGAGGGUACAACAAAAGCCGAAAAGAUAGUCCUGGUCAAGCUUCUGCAAACAAUUUUUCUGAAGGUGGUGAAUUUGAAGAAGCUGUUGGAGGCAAAAGUUUGAAACCCUAUUAUAAUAAAGAUAAUGGUCCUGGUUAUGUCAAACCAAGAGACCGUAAUGGGAAUAGGGACCAAGUUGCUGACCAACAUUCAGAUCAACCACCUUAUGGUGAUCGAUCUAAAUUCAGAGAAAGCAGAGAUCAGGUACCUAUGCGGUCUCAGAAAAGAGAUGAGCCUAAUAGAGGUAAAGAUCGUUCUAGAUUUUGGGAACGUAACAAUCAUGCGGACAGAGAAACAGGCGAUGAUUCAAGGUCUUUUGAUAGAUACUCUAGUCAUCAUUCUGAGAGAGGUCAAGACCAUUACCAGGAUCGAUAUUAUUCAAACCGGCCCAACAGGCGAUACUCUGAUCGCAAUCAAGAGCGACAGUCAGAUGACCGUAACAGAAAUCAUAGCUAUGAGCAAGACUUAAGGUCUCAGGGUUAUAGCUCAAGAGGCAGAUUCCAAUAUGAUUUUAUGAAGGAAGAUCAAAAUCGACAGCGAAAUAAUGUUCACUCCAAAGGAAGAAACUUAACACACAAUUUCAAUACUCAAGAAACUUUUAAUUAUGAUAACUCCAAGCAAUUCUCAAAUGAGAGUAGCUAUAUGGAGAGAGAGGUAUCCAGUUCAAGUCGGAGAGAGAAUGACUUCAGCUCCUAUUCUCGGCAGAAUACUCAGAGGAAGUUUAGCUAUCGAGAUGGAGACGAUGUUUCGCAAAGAGAACGUUUAACAGAACAGCUGACUCGUGGUGUUUUGGAAUGUCUUGUCUGUUGUGAUAGAGUGAGACAACAUGAUGCUGUGUGGAGUUGCUCCAAUUGUUUCCAUGUUUUGCAUUUGAGAUGUGUCACAAAAUGGGCUAAGUCAUCCAAGGCUGAGACAGGUUGGCGCUGCCCAGCUUGUCAAAAUGUGACGGAAACUCUCCCAUCUCAGUAUAGGUGCUUUUGCAACAAAGUUGUGGAUCCUUCAUGGAAUCGGCAUGACACCCCACACACUUGUGGGGAGGUGUGUGGAAAAUCGCGGGAGGGCCAACGGCCACAAUGUGUCCACAAGUGUACUUUGUUGUGCCAUCCAGGUCCUUGUCCACCCUGUGUUGCUCAAGUUACAAGGAAUUGUGGUUGUGGCAAAACAUCUCAAACAGUUAAGUGUGCUUUAGAAAAGCCCUUACUUUGUGAAGCAAUUUGUAAUAAGAUUCUGAACUGUGGUGUCCAUUAUUGUGAGAAAAGUUGCCAUGCUGGAGCAUGUGAGCCAUGUGAACUCAAAAUUGAACAAGUGUGUUUCUGUAAGAAACAAAGGAGAGAAGUUGAUUGUAUACCUGAAAACCAAGGUGUUCUGGAGUUCAGUUGUAAUGGAAUCUGUGAACAGUUUUUGGCCUGUGGAAAUCACAAAUGUGAUGAUGUGUGCCAUGAAGGUGAAUGCAAACCAUGCCAGUUCACUCCUGACCUUAUCACUCAUUGCCCUUGUGGAAAAACUGAAUUAAGUUCAAAACCUGAUGAUUUGAGAAGAAAUUGUCUGGAUCCUAUUCCAACCUGUGGGAAAAUUUGUAGUAGGAGACUUUCUUGUGGUCAACCGAGCAACCCUCAUACUUGUAAAUCUAGUUGCCAUUCUGACGGGUGUCCUCCAUGUUUGCUUACGACUAUGGUUCGGUGUCGAUGUGGACACAUGGACAGAGAAUUGCCUUGUGAUCAACUUACCUCAAAAGCUGAUGAUGCCAGAUGUGAGAAGAAAUGUACGAAGAAGCGCAGCUGUGCUAAACACAAAUGUAACCAGCAGUGUUGCAUUGAAAUAGAUCACCCUUGUCCGCUUCCCUGUAAUCACACUCUGAGCUGUGGACUUCAUCGUUGUGAACAGCUUUGCCAUCGAGGGCAUUGUCAACCAUGCUGGAGAACCAGCUUUGAAGAAUUGUUUUGUGAAUGCGGUGUUGAAGUUUUGUACCCACCUGUGCCUUGUGGCACAAAGCCCCCACCAUGCUCUCGUCCCUGCUCUCGUCAGCAUGACUGUGAGCAUCCAGCCCUUCAUCCGUGUCACAGUGACACCCACUGCCCUCCCUGUACAGUUCUUACCCAGAAAUAUUGUUAUGGAAAUCAUGAGUUAAGGAAAAGUAUUCCUUGCCAUCAGAAAGAAUUUUCUUGUGGUCUACCAUGUAACAAAGAGUUGCCCUGUGGGCGCCAUAAGUGCAUUCAAUUGUGUCACAAGGAAGAAUGUUUGCGUCUUGGAGCAGUGUGCACUCAACCGUGUAUUUCACCACGACCCACUUGCCAACAUCCUUGCUCUGCACCCUGUCAUGAAGGCAGUUGUCCAGAUGUGCCAUGCAAAGAAACGGUUAGAGUAACUUGUGAAUGUGGGCAUCGCUCAGCCAUGAGGCCGUGUUCUGAAAACACAAAAGAAUAUCAACGCAUUGCUACUUCACUGCUAGCCUCUAAAAUGGCAGAUGUUCAGCUAGGCCAUAGUAUAGAUAUCGGAGACAUUAUGGGUAAUGCCAGUACCAAAAAAUUAUACUUAAAAUCGCUUGAGUGCAAUGAUGAAUGCAAGGCCAUUGAAAGGAAUCGCAGAAUGGCCAUAGGUCUUCAAAUUCGAAAUCCUGAUAUAAGUCAGAAACUAACUCCUCGUUACUCAGACUUCAUGCGAGGCAUGGCCAAAAAAGAUCCCUUAUUUUGUCAAAAUGCUCAUGAGAAGCUGACUGAACUAGUAAAAUUAGCCAAGGAGUCCAAGCAGAAAAGUCGAAGCUAUUCAUUUGAAGUUAUGAAUAGAGAGAAGCGCCAGUUUCUUCAUGAGUACUGUGAGCAUUUUGGAUGUGAAUCAGUUGCUUAUGAUCAAGAGCCUAAACGUAAUGUAGUUGCAACUGCACAAAAAGCCAAGGCAUGGCUCCCAAGCGUAGGGUUGUUGGAACUUGUGCAAAGAGAAGCAGGUCAGCGUAAAGUACCUGGACCGAUGCUGAACUCUGUUAAGAAACCUAUCAAUAGAAAUAUGGACACGUUGUCUAGCAAGUGGGCAACCAAACCGACUACUGAUGGAUCCUCUAGCUCCAAUGUACCACAAACUCUAGUUUCAACUGGCGCUGCUUACAAAACUGCCACCUAUCCAAGUUCACAUGGUGAUGAGUCUGCCUCUGGAAGUAGUAGUGGUGUUUCUUUUAUUGAUCACUUCAAUUCAUAAAGCCUCAUACAGAUGUAAAACAGUGAUAUGAUUUAUGAUUUACUAUUCAAUUUGAAGUUGUGGAUAUUAAAAGACAUUUUCUUCUUUAUUUUUGUUUUGUCUGGGUGGGUUCUGUUCCAUUGAAAGUUGAUUGAAAGUUGUUUAUAUUGGGUAAUGGGUAAUAAUUCUAUCAAAGACUGAUUGGAUGAGGAGUACUUUUCCAAUAGUAUAGUUAGAGUAAAGGAAAUUGUAUGUGUUGUGCCCAAAAAUAUCAUAUUCUUUUUUGUCUCCGAGGCCUACAAUCUCCCUUUAAACUGACUUACCAGACCUAUGUUAUAAGUCAUUCAUUCAUUAUUUUUGUAUGGAUCUGUUUGUACUUAUGCAUUGUAUCAUCUCCCUAUUUUCCUAAGAGUUCAAUUUUUGAAUUUGUGAACCAUUUGGUUUAAUGAUAGUUUAUUAUUAUUGUAUAUAUAUAUAGGGGGUUUGGGAUUAAAGCACCAGGUCAUUUGGAAAACUGUUGGUAAACAUCUAACUUUUUGUGUUUGAUUAACAUUACACAAAAAUAUGUUAGAUCUUGUAUGAAUAAAUUCUAGCCGCCCAUGAAUUUAUUCCUUUAAGUUUUGUUGUUGUACUGAGGUACAGCACAUAUAUUUUUUGAUGACUAGCCAUGUUCAUGUUCAUAAGGCUAGUGAGGUAUAUUUUACUUUAUCAUUUUACUCCAGUGCCAAUAUGUUUCUUAUUGUCAUAAUAAACAAUAAUAUUGUAAUUAAAUUAAAUCAGUGCUUCUGACAAUCUGACUAAUGUGGGGGUAACUUUGAUAAAUUUUAAAGAUUUUUUUUUUGUGUCUAUCCAAUGAUGAAAUAAUAACUAGUGUACCUUCAAGAUACCCCUGGCCUUUUCUAUCGCCUGUUGUAAUGGCAUGUACAUUUCAAGUCUUUAUUUUUGUCUUUUAAACAUCUGUAAAAUAAAAUUUGCCCUUCUGUCAGUGUUUCUCCACAAAAACUCUACCAAUUGUACUGUUCGAGAGAAAUAAAAAAUUCUUCAGAAACGUU